UAAAAUGUUGCAGACAGAAGGAAUAUUUAAAGAAAUGUACAUCCUAAAACUUUAUUAUCCUCUGACAUUGUACUACAAGAUGCUGUAAGAACGGUAGUUGUUCUCUAAACUAAAACGGCUAUAGAUUAUUUAUCCUAGCGUCAAGGAUUCAGUGCGUGAAGUGGGCGGAGCUCCGUUUGGCGCUGAAUUGAACGGGCGCUCUGAAGCGCGCGGACUCGAGGCACGCGUCGCUACACACGUGACGCACCUGACGACAACGGUCACAUCAACACGAGCGUCACUCCUCCAGCAUGCAGAGCUGCUACUACCCUCAGCUGCCUCAUCUCACGCAGGACCAUGCGGCGCUAUCGGCCGACCGAUCAUCUAACGUUACUGAAGAUCUGCUGGACUUCGCCACAGAUGAGUGUCAGUCCACUGAUACACAUUCAAGGACACACGAGGCCCACACAGACCUGGAUCUCUCUCUAGAGCUGAACAGACAGCUUCAUGCCACACUCAGGAGAAAGCAAGAGGAAAUAUCUGCCCUGAAGGAGACAAAUGCCCAGCUGAGAAAUCUGGCUAAACAGACUGAACAUUAUGCCACAAUACUAGAAGCCCUGACUACAUCGUUCCAGAGAGACUCAGUAUCACACUGCACUCCUGUGAGGCCAACAGAGGAUCAUUCUUCUGAACACUCCUGGAUCUCUCUGCUGACAGAGGAAGAGCCAUCAGAUCCAUCAUCCACAGCUUUCACUAACUCCAGCACCACUGACAAACAAAGCCCAACAUCAGGGGGCAAGCAGCAGCUGUGGUCUAGCUGGGAUGACCUUCUCUGCGAAGAUGCUGAAGACAACAUCUUGAACUGUCCGUCCAGUUCCAAGCAUCCCAGGCUUGAAAAUGAACUUGUACAAGUAGACUUGGAGCAUCUGAAGGCCCAGCUGGACCAGGAUGAACAGGCUCCUCAGCAACUAAGUGAAGAUUCAGGCCUGACCCAGAAUCAAGUCCUUGAGAUGUCCUCUGGAGGCUUGAUCGCACAGAGGGUGAACAUAUUCGGGGCUUUCCAUGGGCUUCGAGUGGUUACACAAACCCCAUCUGUCAUAUCUGAUCUGAACAUGAGUGGUGAUGAUGGAAAAGUGUGCUUUAAGACUGCAAUCAGGGACCACAGUACAGUAAAGACCAAGGUUUUCCCACAUGGAAAGGCUUUCACUUCUCACACACCAAGUGGAUCUUGUAGGUUCCUUUGGGUUCCUAAUGACCACUGAACAUCUUUAUUAUUCAAAGAGUUGAAUUUGUGAAAAAUCAACCAACGAAGGUCUUUAUUUGAGCAAGGCUGCUUUUGAAUUCCCACCAUUGGUCAACCUUUCAGAACUCCAUUAAAACUAAAGGUUCUUUAUUGGAAUCAAUGAUUCCAUGAAGAACCUUUAACAUUCAUGGAAUAUUUUCAAUGCACAAAAGGUCCUUGAAAGUUCAAAAUGGUUCUUUUAAGAACUUUCCACCGCAAGGUUUCAAAUGUGACCUCAAAUGU